UACAGUUUACAAUUAUUUUGUAUUUUGUUUUUCGUUCGGAAUUAUAAAUUAUAAUUUGCCAUAUUUAUUUAAUUAUAAAUACAUAUAUAAUUUAAAUUCUGAAAAUAAAUUGUAACAGAAAAGAAAUGAAAGAUGGGUAUAAGACAUUUGCAAACUUAUAUGUUCAAAAGCUGUCCUGGGGGUGUCCAAGAAAUUUAUAUGAGAAAUGAAAUCCAAGAAUAUAAACGAACCUUCAACAUUGAAAAGCCUGUGAUUAUAAUAGAUAUUAUAGCAAUUCAUGAAUGUGUCUAUACAAAUGAAACGGAGAAAUUAUUUGCUGGUCGCCUUGAUCUGUAUACCCAACGUAUAGAAGAAUUAUUCAAGAAAUUAAAAAGUUUAGGUAUAGAAAUAAUAUUUGUUCAAGAUGGUUCAUUAUAUGAAAGUAAGCUGGACACAAUUAUCAAUAGAAGAAAUGAGAAGUAUAUGAAGGAAUGGUCUACGCUUCAACAAUUAGAAAAUUUUAAUUUGAAAGAUCCAAAUUUAAAUUUAUAUCUUCCUUCGUUGACAUCAUUUUUUUGGAACUUGCGAAUGAUAGCAAAACAGUACGGCAAAGUUAUUAUAACACCUAGAGAAGGAGAUCAAGAAAUAGUCUAUCAAGCAAACAAACGGAACGCGUUAGCGGUUAUAUCGCAUGAUACAGACUUUUUGAUAUUUGAUGGUAAUUGGCAAUUUUGGAGCGCACGUCAUUUGAAUUUAAACAAGUUAUCAAUCACUCGUUUUAAUAAGGCGGCUUUAAGGGCAAACCUUUCUCUAUCACCAUUGCAAAUGACGUUAUUUGCAACCAUUUCUGGGAAUGAUUUCGUUAAAUAUGAAAUGGUUGAGCAAUUCCACAAGAAAUAUUGCGGAAGAAAUAAAUUUGAAAAAAUUGGAGAUAUCGUUCGUCGAAUACGCUCAUUGCCACCUAAUUUAAGAGAAAGUGAUGAAAAAUAUUUGAUAAAUUUAAUUUUUCAUCCCCAAAACAGAAUUUCUGGCUUGGAAGACUUUAAAAAGAGUAUUAAAUUUUAUUGUGAUGUAAAUGAACCAGUUUUUCACGAGUCUCCCUUACUAGAAAUGGCUCCUUCUUUCUUGUACUCAAUUUUAAAAGAUAUACCAUAUGUUUUGUCUUUAACUUAUUUUGACCUACGAAAAAGUGAUUUUACGCCAUUUUAUCAACUUGUUAAACCAAUUAUUCAGAGACAAAUUGGAACGAUAUUGAAAAAUAAAGAAGAAAACCUAAAUAGCGUCACAAGGCAAAUUAUAACGAAAUUACGUCAUGAUGAUUCAUAUAAAAAAGUAGAUGAAAUACCAAUUUACCCAAGUGAUGAUUUACCACAAAUAGAGGAGUUUAUUUUAAAGCCUAAUGACAAAAAUGAUCACUUAUAUCAAUUGAAAUUAAAAUUAUUUUGUUGGCAUUUUUUACCUGAAUGCGAAUAUUUUACGCCUUACAUCAUAUCUUCUCUGCCGGACUCUCAAGUUGUUACAGUGUCGAUAAUUACAUAUUUGGUAGAAAAAAAACAAAUCAGUUUUGAACAAGGUGAUGACAUUUUAUUUGCAUGUGUUCAAAGUUUUGAGCAAAAACAACUUAUUAAUCUAAAUGAUUUUCAAAAAAUUGAUGAAAAAAACGCAAGGAUUGCAUUUUUGUUUACUAAGUUAUAUACGUUUUUUAAUCAUACAAUAGAAAUAUUAGGAUUAAAAAAUUUUGAAUCCCUGAUUACCUUUGAUGGUUUGUAUUAUCAUUACUUGAGACAAAAUUUAAAAAACAAAUCGUUACGACUAAAUCUGCAAAAGAAAUUCGAAAAUUUACGUAUAUACGUUAAGUAAGGAAAUAAAUACAUUUACAUAUUUAAUUUUUGAACUUCUACAGUAAAGUCAAGAAAGUACAUAUUUAAAAUGUUUCUAAACGUAGCAAUAACUGUUUUUAUAAUAUUGAAUAAGUCGAUAAGCUGUGGAUUUGUAUUUUUAUGGA